CUAGUGGGGUCUCGUCUCACACAGUCACCUCGACCGCCGCCACGGACGCACGCAUUCGUUGCAACAUUCCGCGCGACCACAGAGUAGUUUGUGUUGAGAGCUUACAGUGACUAACGUAAAGUUUACAAGUGAUCGUGAAAGUUGUUCUCCAAAUGGUGGUUCUUGAAGACGGAGGAAUGAUGACUAGCAACCCCAAUCAGUAUCUACAGCCUGAUUAUUUGACUCCCCUUUCGUCCUCUUUGGACUCCAAGAAAAGCCCGCUUGCGCUUUUAGCGCAAACUUGCAGCCAAAUCGGUGCCGACACCAUGCCUUCUAAGCCGCUUCUGCCUUCUUUGGACAAGAAAAAAUCAGUGAAUAGUGUUAAUAGUGAUUCAGUUAGCCGUUCAUCUCCUAAUGCCCCUAAAAUGGAUAAACCCCGCGCUACCCCGGAAAAUAAGCACUUAGCUUUCAAACCUUAUGAAAAUACAGUUGUCACGAAGAAAUCCGAUGAAACCCGUCCAUCAUCUAAAGCGAGCUCUGACAGUUCUGAUGAUAAAAAAUCUGGAAAGAGCACACCCGGACGUAAAUCGACUCCACCGACAACAGAAAAUGGAAAAAAUAGCCCUGGCAAUGAACAAAAAUCUUCUUCAUCCAGUUCUUCAGGCACUAGCCCGAUCAUUCGUUCUGGGUUAGAAGUUUUGGGUCAUGGCAAAGACCAUCUCGCUGCUUUUAAGAAUUUACCCGGCUUGCCUGGAUUUAAUCCUCUCACUGGCCUUUGCUGCCCACCUGGAAUGGAACAACAUGCAAAUCCGGCAUUUAGACCACCAUACGCUGGAGCUCCGUUCAGUGCUCACCAUGCUGCAAUGCUAGCCGCCGCCGCCGGAUUCCCAGGAUCUUCACCAAAUCCUUAUCUUGGCUAUGCUCGUGUUAAGACACCUGCCGGUGGAGAAACUUUGGUUCCAGUUUGCAAAGACCCCUAUUGCACUGGAUGCCAAUUCUCAGUGAACAACCACCACUUGCUCAUGAGCAACGGAUCUUGUCCAGCUGGCUGCACUCAAUGUGAACAUCAGAAAUACAAUUUAGCUAUGGCUAUGGCUCUAUCUCAACAAGGAGCUGGCGGCAUCCCGUACCCGCAAGUCACGCGCCCUUACGUGUGUAAUUGGAUUGUGGGCGAAUCAUAUUGCGGGAAGAGAUUUGGAAAUUCUGAGGAACUCCUGCAACACUUGAGAAGCCAUACGGCCGACGGAUCUACACCCUCGUCAACGGCUUCAUCCCAGCCGUCGCUAUUAAACCCAUUAAAUCCGCUCUUCACUACCGCUGGCCUUCGCAGUGCGUACCCGACGGCGCCUCUUAGCCCACUUUCUGCGAGUCGGUAUCACCCAUACUCAAAAGCUGGCUUGCCUGCGAGCCUCGGAUCUUCCCCGUACGGCGCUUUCAACCCAGCUCUUGGUCCGUUCUACUCCCCGUACGCCAUGUACGGCCAAAGGCUCGGAGCGGCCGCCGUUCACCAAUAAAUCAGUGUAGUAGUGAUCUUCUAAGUCGACGAUUCGGAUGGACAUGUUUAUUGUUGUAUUGUCCAAUUUUCUUCUGUGAUAUCAAUAGACUCUAAUUUAUGAUAAGGCGAAACGCGCCAUGACAAAUUUAGUGAAUAGUGCAAUGUAAUUGUAAGUUAAUAUUUAAGCAAACUUGAUAGAGUUUGUGUCUACGCGGGUGAUGAGACUAUUUUGAAGACUUUGUACAGCCAAAUGUGUGUAAAUAAGGAUAACUAUGUUAUAUUAUAAUAAUGAAUGAAUUAUUUCAAAUAUAUCUACGUAAACUUUA